AUAUAAUUAGCAUUCUUUUAGGUAGCCGUUGGUCAUAAGUACGUUCAUGGUGAAAUGAAAGGAAGAAGAUGUGAGACAUCAGCCCGCGAAGAAGGUGAAGAUGAUCGGUGUUCGCGUGCCAGCGCUUCGACAAGCCCGUAUAAGCAGCAUCACCAGGCUUGCAGAAGACUAUGCAUUCCGUGCAGCCGCCACCACAUGUGCUCACUCGCGAGAAGGACGAACCACCCGAGCCCGUGAUUCCAGACGGCGCCGUCUACCUCAUCGGGGGCUUUGUCCUAUGCCUGGUCGUCGGAAGCCUGCUCUUCAUGGCUUACGUCAUGAUCUCGGAGAGCGCGGCAGUUGGGGGAGCACGGAAGUGACAAGUACACACUUCCCAUCUUCGCACGCAUUCAAAGAAAGCAAGGCCAAGCGAGCAAGUUAACUUUCUGAGUAGUGCUUCAUGGUUGCAUCUUUCUCCCUACUCCAUCAUGCAUCAACCUUCAUGAUUUAGUUGACUACACGUUGCUGUGCCCUGUAGCUGCUUGUUGUGCUGCUCUUUUCAUGGCUGUGAACAGCAUUUCCUGUUGCCCCAAUGGACUUGCAUGUCACUUAGUGCAUAUUGUGACUGGACAACGCAUCUCGAGACAUUCAUGCUAGAGCAAGAACUUGGCAUUUUCACUUGUUCUUUGCUGACAAGGACAAUGUUUAUUUGGGCAUUCAGGUACUUUGUACAAAAAUAAAGAUACGAGAUAUAAAGGGUGU